AUGUCAGUCUUUUUUAACAGGGUAAGAAGCCAAUUGUCCCGAAUUCCAAUCCGGCUUUCGUCUUCUACCUCAAAUUCCUCCUAUUUUCGCAUGUCGCAGGAUCUCGCUCUCGGAGCCAACAACUACGAGCUACAUUUCGGCCGGGAGGUCGUCAAUCGGGUCUCAUUUUUAAGAGAGGAUCCCGAUUUCGUCACCAACGCCGCCAAACACUUGUCCACCCGCUUUAUAUUUUACGAAAACGGCAAUCCCCUUGUAAAUAAGAAAACCAUCGGCACCAAUUUGGUCAUCCUCACGAACGGCGAUAACCAGCUACAGACGGUGGAGGGCAAGGAUGUUGCUGGUACGGCGAAAGGGUUGCUCAAUUGCCCCGAAUGGUCCAAAAUCCUAGACGUUUGGACCGAGGACAACAAGAACCAGUCUCCGGAAAGUCGCGAUGACAACAAGCCUUCGUUUCUCUUUUUGGGUAUUAAGGAUGAGAGUGUUGGCGUUGACUUUCGUGCGCUUAAGCUGUAUGACGAGGAGACAUACUUAGAUCACCAGGGUCGGUAUUUUGGCCUUCCAUAUUUUGCAGUAGAUGUAACCAACUCUCCAGAUGUUUCGGCGCUCAUUAAAAAGCAUGUUCUCGCCAACUUGUCUGAUGCUCAGGAGGAAGACAUUAUCUUCAGCCACUCGUGGAAGCACGCCAUGGGCUUGAACCACGACGAGUCUGCACUUUUCAGCCACGGGAAAAUGUAUUUCGACUGGCUAGGUAGAAAUAAAUUCUGUCCUGGUUGUGGCUCGAAAGUUAUUGCCAUCCACGCCGGUGGAAAAUUAAGAUGCACAAAUGAAGCCACUGAAGCCAAUGAAGAUUCAACAAAAUAUGUUUGUCCGGUGCGCAAUGCUACUGUCUCCAAUGUCUCGUUUCCACGUACCGACGCUGUGGUGAUUACUGCUAUCACCAACCGGGAGCGCACAAAGACCUUACUCUCAAUGGGCAAAAGACAUAUCCACAAGAAAAUGUACUCUUGUACUGCUGGGUUUAUGGAGCCCUCUGAGACUGUCGAAGUUGCAACCAAGCGGGAGAUCUGGGAAGAAACAGGAGUGGCAUGCUCUGACAUUCAAAUCCUCAUGACGCAACCUUGGCCAUUCCCAGGAAAUCUAAUGAUUGGAUGCAUAGCCACAGUGGAUUUCAAUGGCGAGAACGAGGUGAUAAAUCUAGGUCAUGAUCGUGAGCUUGCGGAUGCUCGUUGGUUUGACAUCUCGGAUGUGCGUGACCACCUUAAUGGUAACACCAACAAUGCUCUUGAUGCCGAGGACAUACAGCUUCCAUCUCUGGUAUCUAUUGCACACGCCUUGAUUAGAUGGCUUGUCGAAAAAACCGACACGAAACUCUAG